UUUUUUCAGAGUAAUUUCCGGUCCGAUACUUCUCUUGUCUGAAACUUCCUCUUUCAGCAGACAGCUAAUCCUCUGGCGCUGAACACGUUGCCUUCAUAUGCGACAAAGAAUUCCGAUUUUUUUAAUCAAGAGCUCUUAAAAGCGAUCAGAUGAUGUUAAGCGCAAAUGGCUCGUUCCUGUGCCGUCUGGGUGUAGUAGUGACAUUGGCAAGUGUCAUCUUUUUGAGCAUCAUGUUUUCCCGGUUCUCACCUUCACACAACUGUCCACCACCACUUCCUAAACCCAAACUAAACUCAGAACAAAACUGUGGCAAAAGCAACAACUCUGCCAAGAGCAACAACUAUGUAACUGAAAAGGCAGAGGAGAAACCUAUAGUUCUGUUAUGGGUUUGGCCUGAAAAUUAUAGGUUUGAGUUCAGUGACUGCAAAUAGUUUUACAAUAUUGAUAAUUGUCAUCUGACGGAUGAUAGAGCUCUCUACAAUGAUGCAGAUGAUGUGAUAAUUUUUCAUAAAGCCAUCAGCUGGGAUCUGUCCAACCUUCCUCCAUCUCCUCGUCCUCCGUCCCAGAGGUGGAUUUGGAUGCAUUUGGAAUCACCAACCAACACCAUAAAGAUACCAGGUCUGGAAAACCUGUUCAAUCUCACUCUCAGCUACAGACAGGAUGCUGAUAUUCCUGUACGGAUGCGCUUGAUGACCAGGAAGAAACCUAAUGAGGAUUUUGUGAUUCCCAAAAAGGACAAACUGGUGUGUUGGAUUGUAAGUAACAAUAAUCCCUCAACUGGUGUCAACACAAGGAACAUUUUUUACAGAGAAUUCAGCAAAUACAUACAAGUGACUUUGUUCGGAAAAGCCUAUGCAAAGUUCCUGGAUUAUAAUGAUUACUAUCCAACCAUGGCCAGCUGCAAAUUUUACCUUGCCUUUGAGAACUCCAUCCACAAGGACUACCUCACCGAGAAGAUAAACGGGCCGCUCGCGGCAGGUACCGUCCCUGUGGUGUUGGGUCCUCCGAGAAGAAACUAUGAAAUCUUUGUUCCUGCUGAGUCCUUCAUUCAUGUGAAUGACUUCCCAGAUGCAAAGUCACUAGCCGAAUAUCUGCUUCAUCUGGACAAGGAUGAAGAUGCAUAUCGCAAGUACUUUAACUGGAGGAAACAUCUCACUCCAAGUCCUCAUUUAAUAUUACAGACACAAGAGUUUAUUCUGGCUAUUUGCACUGCCUGUGACCAUGUAGCACGAAGCAGGGAAUAUAAAGAAGCUCAUGAUCUCUAUGAUUGGUACUUCAAUUAAUGUUACCUCAGGUUUUGGAGUUUGAUUCAAACAGUGAUUGAUUUUAAUCUACAAAUAUUUGUUAUAAUAACUUGUGUAGAUGGUAUCACUUGUGUUUGUAUCUUUUCAUCUUCAAGUCCCUUUUAAAUCUGGAUCAUAUUCAGGAAGAAAGACAACAAUAAGUUUGUGUAGUGUUGCUAUGUACAUUGGCUACAUUUUUCUGUCUUGUUGUUGGCAGUUUGUUUUUUUACAUGCAAGUGACAGAGUGUUUACCAAAAAAAAAUCACUAAUUUGCAAAUACACAGACCAGAAUACUUAUUUGUAUGUCUAGCUUGUUAGCAACACUAUUUUUGUUUGUAUUUUUUAAUUUGUUUUUUGUAAUGUAAAUUCGAAUUGCAUAAAUAUAAAGUAGUGUCUCAACUCAA